UGCUUUUAAUUACGUUCCCGGUUCGGCACCGUCCACGGCCACUCCAGCCAUCCGCCGCCCAAAUCGAGCACCUCCACAGCCACUCCAGGUUUCCAGCCAAGCCAUCCGCCGUCGCAAAAUCGAGCCAUCUUCUCCCCUCCUCCGCCGCUGCAGCCGAACCCGAUCGACGGAGAUGUGGAAACACCACCGGGUCUUAGGAUCCGUGGCCGCCCUGCUCCUGCUACUCGCCCUCGUCCUACCGUCUAUUCAGACGCAGAAGCAGAGCGCACGAGAGAAGGCUGCCAUGGCGGCGGAACCCGCGCGGCGGUUGGCGGGAGGCAUCGUGGACUCGCUGGGGCGGGAGAACGACCCCUACAUCGUCGACCUCGCCCGCUUCGCCGUCUCCGAGCACAACAAGGAGGGCAAUACCCAGCUGGAGUUGGAGAAAGUGGUGAAGGUCAAGGAGCAAGCUGUUGCCGGCAGGCUCUACUACAUCACAAUCCAGGUCGAUGAAGGCGGGGCAAAGAAGCUGUAUGAAGCCAAGGUGUUGGAGCAGCUGUGGCUGGAUGUCAAGAAGCUCGUCGAGUUCAAGCCCGCAGAGGGCGCCUCUCCCAACGUUUAAGGCUCGUCAGUCCCAACUGUGCAAGGAUCUGGAGAUAUGGUGUGGAUCUAGCUAUCAUCCAUGGAACCUGUCUUUAGCGUGCUCUCUUGUGUAAUAGUAUCAAGAACAAGUCUGCUUCUUGCGAGUUGUUUUAACCUGCCCAUUAUAUAUCUUGUCGUUCGAGUUUCA